CCAGCGAAAAUGCCAUAUAAUAAGAGGACUGCUGGAAAAAGAGCCCCUGCAAAAAGGAAACUUGCUGAAGUGUUUGCUCUAGGGGAGGUUCUAGCAGAUACAUCAAGAAAAGAAUGGAAAUUAGGUAUCCCUAUAGGGCAAGGAGGCUUUGGACGCCUGUACCUUGCUGAUGUUAAUUCUUCAAAGUCGGUUGGCAGUGAUGCACCUUAUGUUGCAAAAGUGGAACCCAGCCAGAAUGGACCUCUUUUUACUGAGUUAAAGUUCUACAUGCGAGCUGCUAAGCCAGAUGAAAUUCAGAAGUGGACUAAGUCCCAUAAACUGAAAUAUUUAGGUGUACCAAGAUAUUGGGGUUCUGGCUUGCAUGAAAAAAAUGGAAACAGUUAUCGAUUUAUGAUAAUGGACCGAUUUGGCAGAGAUCUUCAGAAGAUGUAUGAAGAGAAUGGAAAACGAUUUUCCCAUAAAACUGUACUACAAUUAGGCCUGAGAGUACUUGAUAUUCUGGAAUACGUCCAUGAGCAUGAAUAUGUGCAUGGAGACAUCAAGGCCUCAAACCUUCUUCUGAGUUACAAGAACCCUAAUCAGGUGUACUUGGUGGAUUACGGACUUGCCUACCGAUACUGUCCUGAAGGAGUUCACAAAGUAUAUAAAGAAGACCCCAAAAGGUGUCAUGAUGGAACUAUUGAAUAUACCAGUAUUGAUGCACACAAGGGUGUGGCACCAUCGAGACGUGGUGAUCUGGAGGUCUUGGGUUACUGUAUGAUUCAUUGGCUUAGUGGCCAUCUACCAUGGGAGGAUAAUUUGAAAGAUCCAAACUUUGUCAGAGACUCAAAAAUCAGGUGAGAAACUACUU